GGCCUCCCUGAUGCCGAGGGAUGGAUAGAGCGGCUGCCCUGCGAGCCGCCGGCAUGCUGGAGAGGAAGGAGCGGAGCGGCGGCGAGGCGGCGGGGCCGCGGGGCUUGCCGGCCGUGCGGAGCACGCUGCAGCAGUGCGGGCUGCUGCAGGACCUCAUCGACAUCUCGCUCUCCAACCUGCGCGGGCUCCGCACCAAGUGUGCCGCGUCCAACGACCUCACGCAGCAGGAGAUCCGCACGCUGGAGGUGAAGCUGAUUGACUACAUCCACAGGCAGCGGCAGUGCAAGCUCAGCGUGCCCCUGAGCGACAGGACGGCCGAGCUCAACAGCUACCCCCGCUUCCACGACUGGCUGGACAUCGUCAACGUGAGGAAAGAGGUUGUGCAGAGGAUACCAGAGGAGCUGACCUUGGAUGCCUUACUAGAAAUGAAUGAGUCAAAGGUGAAGGAAACAAUGAAGAGAUGUGGUGCCAGAGAUGAGGAGUGCUCCAGGCUCAACGGGGCACUCAGCUGCCUACGCAAGGUGACAGAAUCAGGUGGGGAGCUGAAGGACGACGUGCUGGUGAACCUGCCCGAGGCGCGCCGGGACAGCAGCUCCUCCCAGCCGGACCCACUGCCCAUGCCCAGGGCCUGCACCCAGCCCCGCUCCGUGUCCGUGUCCACAGCCCCUCCCUCAGAGCCCCCGGCGAGCCACGGACCCUCCGUGUACGCAGAAAACCUCCUGGAGCCCUUGGUGCUGGCCAGCCAGGGGGGGAGGCUGACACCCAGGACUCACAGCAUCACCAUCACCCCCCCGGCCACGCCACAGGCCAGGCGGAGGCACAAGCUGAAGCCACCACGGACUCCUCCCCCCCCCUGCAGGAAGGUGUUCCAGCUGCUGCCCAACUUCCCAACCCUCACGAGGAGCAAGUCCCACGAAUCACAGCUGGGAAACAGGAUAGAUGAAGUUCCUCCAAUAAAGUUCGAGCUCUCCCAGGGAUCCCCUCAGACGGUACGAAGAGACUUUGGCCUGGCGGUGACACACAGGUUCUCUACCAAGUCCUGGCUGUCUCAGAUUUGCCAAGUCUGUCAGAAAAGCAUGAUGUUCGGGGUGAAGUGUAAGUACUGCAGAUUAAAAUGUCACAACAAAUGUACUAAAGAGGCACCUGCUUGUAGAAUAUCCUUCCUUCCCAUAGCAAAAAUAAGAAGAACAGAAUCUGUCCCAUCUGAUAUCAAUAAUCCAGUAGACAGACCCACAGAACCACAGUUUGGAACUCUCCCCAAAGCACUAACUAAAAAGGAGCAUCCACCAGCAAUAAACCACCUGGACUCCAGCAGUAAUCCUUCCUCUACAACCUCAUCCACUCCAUCCUCCCCAGCACCCUUCCAGUCUUCCAACCCUCCCAGUGCAACGCCUCCCCCAAACCCAUCUCCCAUGGGCCAGAGGGACGGGCGAUUCAACUUCCCAGCUGCCUACUACCUUCAGCAUAGACAACAGUUUAUCUUCCCAGAAAUUCCCAGCCCUGCACAAACAGCACAACCUCCAGAAACUGCUGCAGACACUAACACUGCCCAGCCAGGCCCGGGUGGAGGUGGACACGAGGCACAGGUGGAAGAACCAGAGACAAAUAAAUCGGAGCCUGAGGAUGACGAGGAUGAGGUGGAAGAUUUGCCGAACCGGCGGCCGCACCUGCAGGGGAUGAUCUACCGCAAGCCCAGCCAGACCAGCGUGUACCUGCAGGAGUGGGACAUCCCCUUCGAGCAGAUUGAGCUGGGGGACCCCAUCGGCCAGGGCCGCUGGGGGAAGGUCUACAAGGGCAAGUGGCACGGGGAGGUGGCCAUCAGGCUGCUGGAGAUCGACGGGAACAACCAGGAUCAUCUCAAGCUCUUUAAAAAGGAAGUGAUGAACUACAGACAGACCCGGCACGAGAACGUGGUGCUGUUCAUGGGAGCCUGCAUGAACCCCCCUCACUUAGCAAUCAUUACCAGCUUCUGCAAAGGAAGGACACUGCACUCCUUUGUGAGGGACCCCAAGAUAUCCCUGGACAUUAACAAAACCAGGCAGAUAGCACAGGAGAUCAUUAAGGGCAUGGGGUAUCUCCACGCAAAGGGCAUCGUACAUAAGGAUCUGAAAUCCAAGAAUGUUUUCUAUGACAAUGGGAAAGUUGUGAUCACCGACUUUGGAUUAUUUGGGAUUUCGGGCGUGGUUCAGGAAGGAAGGAGGGAGAACGAACUGAAGUUGCCUCAUGACUGGCUGUGCUACCUGGCCCCCGAGAUCGUCCGGGAGAUGGCCCCGGGGAAAGAUGAGGACAAGCUGCCUUUCUCCAAAGCUGCAGAUAUCUAUGCCUUUGGGACGGUGUGGUUCGAGCUGCAGGCUCGGGAGUGGCCGUUCCGGACCCAGCCCGCAGAGGCGCUCAUCUGGCAGAUCGGCAGCGGAGAGGGGGUGCGGCAGGUCCUGGCCACCGUCAGCCUGGGCAAGGAGGUCAAUGAAAUCCUGUCGGCGUGCUGGGCCUUCGACCUGAGCGAGAGGCCGAGCUUCACUGUGCUCAUGGAGAUGCUGGAAAAGCUGCCAAAACUCAACCGCCGGCUCUCCCACCCGGGGCACUUCUGGAAGUCUGCUGACAUUAACAGUAGCAAAGUUGUCCUGCGUUUUGAAAGAUUUGGCUUGGGAAUCCUGGAGCCGAGUAACCCAAAGCUGUAGCACGGUGUCCGUGUUUCUGCCUGCUCCCACACGGCACCAGAAACCCUCAGUGCUCCUCCGUGCUGAGGCUGGUGCAGCCCCUCUGAAGACCAUCAGCUCAGCUCCGUGUCCUGCCUGAGCACCAGCAGUUAUUUAAACAAUGUUUACAUGAUACUUUUGUGUGAACUAUAUUUUUUUAAACAUAAUAAACAGUGACUCGAGUUUAA